GUUGUCAGUGUUAUAUCUAAUACACCUCUCUAAUAAAAUAUUGAUUUAAUUUCCCGAGGCUGUACUUUGGCACCUGUGAAGCACACAGUGUUGACAAAUCAUUUACCUCUUAACUGCUGCUUACAUGCACUAUAUUCCACACAACCUGCCUUCUGGUUCUGGUGAUCCAAAUAGGAAUAGUUAGUAUGAGUAGAGCGGUCCAGGCUUGUGAACUCCCGCCAGCACUCACACAGAUGAUCGUCAACAUUGAUUCAGGUCAGAGUUUGCCUUCCGUGCAUUUUGACGUCUCGUCUGCCAAGUGUGAGCUCUCAUCUCAUCAGAGAGAGGACGGACCGUGGGGUGAUCCGACGCGUAAUGACGCCAAUGGUAGCGAUGUGAAGGGAGGUUCAUCGCCACUCCCCUUCACCUUGACACUGCAGGGCCAUGAUACCCUUGAAGAGAGGUCAAAGUUUACGGUUUACAAGAUUCUAGUCAGCGGAAGUCAAGGCGACAGCUGGAUUAUUUUUCGAAGAUACACAGACUUCUGCAGGCUCCAAAACAAGCUUAAGGAUUUGUUUCCUAGCGUCCACUUAGUUCUUCCUCCGAAGCGUUGGUUUAAAGACAACUACGAUGAGGAGUUUCUGGCAGAGAGGCAAACUGCUCUGCAAACAUUUCUGCACAACCUGACACACCACAAACAUAUCAUUAGCAGUGAUGUGGUCAGGCAGUUUCUGUGUAUGACUGACCCACCAGGCCCAUUUGACAGUGUGGAAGAAAGCAGGGUUUUCUGUGAGACGCUGGAGGAGACCAACCACCAUCUACAGAGGGAACUCAUGGAAAAACAACGAGAUGUUGAUAAUUUAACGCGCAUCCUAAAGGAGAGAGAAAACUACAUAAACCUGCUGAUGAGCAAAGUCUAAUGUUUAGGAAAUCUUAAUAAUCCAAAAAUGUUCAUAUUAUCAACAAUUCAUUUUAACUGAUGUUAUUGCAGUUUUGGUAACUAUUCACCAGUAUUGUUGAUCUCUUGCUGUCCUUCAGUCAUUUUUUCCCCACACAUUAAAAAAAUCUCUGAUUACCGCCACUUGCAACUAAUGUCCUCUAAAGGGCGCCACAAGAUAAAUGAAUAAUACUAAUCUUAGGGCUGAGUCAUGCAUAUUAAGGGUAAUGUCAUCACUCAUCACUGAAAUUUACUCACAUGAUUUAAUUUGUGUGUAGAAGUACGUUUGUCUUGGGGGUACUAAAGGCUAUUAGGUAGUUCUUUUGUUGAAUUUGACAAUUGCACAUUUUCUGUCAAUGCCAGUUGCCAACUUUUUCAAAAUUAAAUGAAGUACACUUUA